GGCAGCAAUUCCGUCAGCUGUUGCAUUGUGGUUUACAAAAAUUGUCAAAGUAACUAAAGGUUGCUUAUAGGGUUUGAUAAAGUGUAUUUGGUAUAGAGUUCCUUGGGACUACAACUACAGGAGGAGAUACCAGAAAUGCAUUCUCAAUAUAUCGCAGUGCACGGUGGUAGCAGAGACAUGCAUAAUCGCUGUUGCGGUGGUCGUGCAUGGUGCGUAAAGGAUAUUUGCGGUAUAGUUUGUGCUGUUUUCACUUGGUUACUAAUAUUAUUCGCUGAGUUUGUAGUCAUGCGAGUCAUAUUGUUACCUAGUCCGUAUCCGGUAUACAGUACAAUUAAUAUAAUAAUAUUUCAAUUACUUGCGUUUCUUGCUUUCGCAUCACAUAUACGCACCAUGAUGUCAGAUCCUGGUGCAGUUCCUCGUGGAAAUGCAACCAAAGAAAUGAUCGAACAAAUGGGCUAUCGCGAAGGUGAAAUGUUUUUCAAGUGCCCGAAAUGCUGCAGCAUCAAACCGGAACGUGCUCAUCACUGUUCCGUGUGUCAGCGUUGUAUACGUAAGAUGGAUCAUCACUGUCCAUGGGUGAACAAUUGUGUUGGAGAAAAUAAUCAAAAAUACUUUGUACUAUUUACAUUCUACAUAGCUGCUAUAUCUAUACAUGCCAUGUUUUUGGUUGUAACAGAAUUUGCGCAGUGUGUGCAGACUGAGUGGCGACAAUGUUCACCUUAUUCACCCCCAGCAACAAUAUUUUUGCUGCUGUUUCUAUCUUUUGAAGCAUUAUUAUUUGCAAUUUUCACACUUAUCAUGUUGGCAACACAAUUGACUGCCAUCUUUAACGAUCAAACGGGAAUCGAGCAAUUGAAAAAAGAGGAAGCAAGAUGGGCAAAAAAAUCUCGGCUAAAAAGCAUUCAUUCAGUUUUUGGACGAUUUUCGUUAGCCUGGUUUUCACCAUUUACUAAACCGACAUGGCAAACCAAGUUUAAUUCACAUUUUUACUCGGUUUAGGAUGGAUCGCAAUAAUGCCUCACCAUAUAUAUAUAUAUAUAUGUGCAUAUAUAUGUAUGUCGUUUGCGUGGAUGUUUUCCUUAUCGUACAUUUCACAGCUAUGAAAAUGAUAAAUGAUAAAAACGGAUGUAACGUUUUAACAGACUUGGUCGGUUUGUGUAUUUACUUAUCCUUUUAUAAGCCAAAGAGCUAAACUUGCUGAAUUGUUUGUUCGACAAUUUUGUUUGAAUCUGCUCCUACUUUUAAAUCAAGCCUUGUAUGCGUAGAAUACUAGCGAUUACAGAAUAUUAAAUAAAAGAAACAUAAAUCUAGUAAUCGUAGUGAACCACUGUAUACGUAAUUCCUUUUUCUAAAUAACUAAUCAAAUGAGAUACUCAAUAUUAGUUAUGAUUAUGUAUGUAGUGCAAAUAAUGAAUACAUAUUACGACAAAAUAUUUGCAUACACUUGAAGUAAACAUUAAAAAAUUUAAUUUCAAUAAUGUUUAUGUUUAAUUUUAAUGUUGACAAGUCACUCUAAAGUGUGUGCCGAACUGAUUAAAAGAAGAUAAAUGAAAACUAUUGUAAAUGGAUAGAAACGAUCAAACUCAUCAAAUACACAACAUGUAUACACAUACAUAUAUGUAUACUAUGAAAAUUUUAUAUUAAUAACUUCGUGAUAAUUGUUAGCUGUAU